UUAUUAUCCUCAUAUAUCCUAUGUACAAAACGACCCUUUAGAAUUUAAACUUAUCAUGUCUUUUGGUAUAGCUAAACUCACUGGGCGCUCACUACUCUCUAGCCGCUCAGUGUAAAAAGGCAUUCCUCUCAUCUGUCACACAACACAACACAACACAACACAAAUUCUUCAUCUUUUCUCCGCCGCUUCCAAAUCUCCAUUUCCAUAAACCAAUUAGCUUUCCUCUUUUUCGUCAGUUAAAUUAAUGGAGUUGUCAACUGGACAACCACCAACGCUUAUCCAACACCGACAGCAACAGCAAGAGCCAGAUGAUAAGUUCCCAUCAUGUUUUAGCAGAACACUGGCAAAAAUCAUCAUGUGCGCCAACAAAGGUGGCAGAGUAACCAGACAACCCCAAAUGCAUGAAGACCAAGAAAGAGGCAAACGUUACUACAUGAUUCUACUAGGAAUCAAUUACAUGUGUCUCUUCGUUGGUUCUGUCUCGUCUAGUCUUCUUUCCAAAUUCUACUUCAAUCACAAAGGUGGCAGUAGAUGGGUUUCCACUUGGGUACAAUGUGCUGGCUUUCCUCUUCUUCUCUUCCCAAUUUACCUUUUCAAGAUUUGCACCCACAGAAAGCCCUUCACUGGUUUCACCCCUAAACUUUUAUGCCUCUCAAUCCUCAUAGGCUUUUUAUUAGGUUUCAACAACCUUCUCUACUCUUGGGGUAACUCUUAUCUUCCUGUUUCAACAAACUCAUUAGUUUUGUCCACUCAGCUAGUCUUUACUCUCAUCACUUCAGUCAUAAUAGUAAAGCAAAAAGUAACAUUCGCAAACCUGAACUGUGUCAUCCUUCUCACCCUCAGUUCAGUCCUAUUAGCCUUAGGUUCAAGCCACGACAAACCAAUAGGGUUAACAAAAGCUAAGUACUUUAUAGGUUUUUUCUCAACUGUAGGUGCAGGUUUGUUGUUCGCUUUUUACCUACCUAUCAUGGAGAAAAUAUACCGUAAAGUUUACUGUUACGCUAUGGUUGUUGAAAUGCAACUGGUUAUGGAGAUGGCGGCGACAACUUUAGCAACCGUAGGGAUGGCGAUAGACGGUGGUUUCACGGAGAUGAAGACGGAGAGCAUAAAGGUGUUUGAUUUAGGCCCAAAGGCUUACUGGUUAACGGUGGGGUUUAACGUGGUGACGUGGCAGUUAUGCUUUAUGGGUACGGCUGGGAUGGUGUUCUUGACAACGUCAUUAACGGGAGGUGUUUGCAUGACGGCGAUAAUGGGGAUAAAUGUAUUGGGAGGGGUAUUGGUGUAUAGGGAUCAUUUUGGUGGACUUAAAGCUGUGUCAACUUUGUUGUGUUUAUGGGGAUUUUGUUCAUAUGUUUAUGGCAUUUAUAUUAAAAUGAAGAACGAAGAAGAAGAGAACCAUAGUAAAGAACUUGAAAAUUCCUUACAGAAGAGUGAUCAUCAACCGAAUCAGUUCAUGGAACUUGCAGAGAUUGUAACGUAUAACGCCUAAGGCUGAUGCUUAUCACGUGAAAUAGUAUCUCUCUAUUUUGUUUUUGUUUUUGUUUUGUUUUGUUUUGUUCGAUUUAGGGGUGUUCUGUGGCUGGUUUAUCUCUGUAGCCAUACUAUUAGUAGGGGGCAUCAGUAACAAGUGUUUGUAUUCAAUGUUAAUUAAUGGAAAAGUAAGGACUAAAGAGUAAAUUACUACUCUCUAUGUCCUAGUUUAUAUGGAGCAAUUCAA